UUCAGUAUGGCUGGCAGAGACGACGAAUAUGAUUUCCUGUUCAAAGUUGUGCUCAUUGGCGACAGUGGGGUCGGGAAAAGUAAUCUGUUGUCAAGGUUUACUAGAAAUGAAUUCAACUUGGAAUCCAAAUCGACCAUAGGUGUCGAAUUUGCUACUCGGUCAAUUCAAGUAGAUAACAGAACGAUAAAAGCCCAGAUCUGGGAUACAGCCGGCCAAGAAAGAUACAGAGCUAUAACCUCUGCCUAUUACAGAGGAGCUGUAGGUGCACUUCUUGUUUAUGAUAUAGCGAAACACAUGACUUACGAGAAUGUAGAAAGAUGGCUGAAGGAGCUUCGUGAUCAUGCUGAUAGUAACAUCGUUAUCAUGCUUGUUGGUAACAAAAGCGAUUUGAGGCACUUACGAUCUGUGCCUACAGAAGAGUCAAAGCAUUUUGCCGAGCAAAAUAACUUAUCGUUCAUCGAGACUUCGGCACUAGACUCAACAAAUGUAGAGCAGGCGUUCACACACAUUCUUACAGCGAUCUAUCGGAACAUUUCUGCACGACCGACAGAGCCCGACCCGAACCCCACCCUACCCCCUCUUUCAGUACAGCAGUCUUUUCCCACCGGGGGAAGCAGUAAACCAUCUUGCUGCGGAGGCAUCUGAGCUCGGCGAUUUGCGAAUCAGAUGGACGGAAUAUUCAACCUAUUCAAUGCAACAAUCCCAUUUUAUCAACAAUUGUCUAUAAUUAAGAAGAUAUGUUAAAUGCGUGUAUCUCCAUCCAGGAUUGAAAUCUCAUCCCCACCGAAUUAAUGAAAUGUGAUUUUUCUUCCUUUGACCUCUUUGCAUUUGGACGCAAUGAAAAUACUGUUAUAUAUAUCGAGUUCGUUCAGUUUCAACAGUGUUGAAAUCAACAAUGAAGGUAGAAGCAUUGUUCGCAAAAAUUACAUCUUCAUGAGUCGAAGCCAACCGUAUGUUUUGUAUUCGUUUUGCGCAACGAAUUACGUAAGAUAAUAUUUAUUACAGCCAUGGAAACCUAAAAUUUCAUAAAAUUUGAGAAAUUAUGAAUUGUAGUUUUGUAGACAGUUGAUUUUCAUGUGACCAUUUGAUACAUAAAAAUACUUAUAUACUCGUUCCCUGCGAAUUUAUUGCUGAUGCCAGUAGUAAAAGCCAUUCUGUCUUAAAAUGAAUUGUCCAAUUCGUCCAUAUCAAUUGUUUGUUGUACUUGUUCAAGUUUGGGAGUUGAAAAAUAAAUUAUAUCAACUCUAAUAAUCUGACUGGAGUCCCAAAUUGAACAACUACUUUCACUCUUGGUGCGUUUUUAUAUCCUUUUCGGAUCUCACACUAUUUUUAUAAUAUUUUUUAUAAUUUCUAUUCUAAGGAUAAAGCUCUUAUAUUCUUUACAGCUCAAUGCAUCCUUUUUAGGGGUGUAUAUUCGUUACUAAGUACCAUACGUGGGGAAAAUAGUUAAAGAGAUCCUCCUUUCCUACCAAACUAAACUAACUUAUAGUUUGAUUCAUUUUUUCAAAUUCAUCAAAUAAUUAACUGUAAUGCUUGAAACAAAUAUGAACUAUUUAUUAGGCUUCUUUUCGUCAGCUACCAGAGUUAAAUUACAUUGAAACAUACGAGUGUUAUGUUAUGAAUCAUUUUGGAACAAAAUUGUCCAUUUUGAUGUCUGAAAAGAAGAAACGUGUAAUUGUGUAAAUUUUUGACCGUUUUCAUCUGGCGCUUUUCUUAAUUUGAUCCCACAAUAUUUGUAUUAAUGAUAAAUUUAUAUUUUAUCAACGUCUCAAAUUACAUUUACAUCAACA